ACUGUUGGCCAGCAGCAGCAGCAGCAGCAGCCGCGGCGCAGACAGUGGAGAGAAGUGAGGAGAAAUACAGACAACUGCCCUGCUCUCCAGGAAAACAACACCGAUCUGGAAUAAACUAAAACGCCUCCGUGUGUUUCGACAGGUUUGCUUCAUCGUUGUUUUGAUAGCGGGAGGCAAGGAUGGCAAUGCAACUGGGUGAGGGCGAGAGUGUGGUGAAGGUGACAGAGUGGCAGGAGACGAGGUACGGCUUAGAUUCGGGCAUCCAGUCCGGAGCCCCCACGGUCAGAGAUGAUGAUGGCGAAUACACCACCAAGCAUUACACCAUGACCACCACUGUCACAUCAGAUCAGCCUGAGAUGGAUAGCAACUACACUAGAGCCAUGCGGGUGCGGGAAGCAAUGUUCCCAGAGACUGUGGAGGGAAGCACCACCAUCCAGACAGACUCGUCCCAGAUGACCAACGUCCAGCGGCUGGCUGAGCCCUCCCAGAUGCUCAAGACGGCCAUCAUCCAUCUGAUCAACUACCAGGAUGACGCUGAGCUGGCCACACGCGCCGUGCCUGAGCUCACCAAACUGCUCAACGAUGAAGACCAGGUGGUGGUCAGCAAGGCAGCGCAGAUUGUCAACCAGCUUACUCGCAAGGAGGCAUCACGCCGUGCGUUGAUGCAGUCACCUCAGAUGGUGGCAGCGGUGGUGCGGGCGAUGCAGAACACAAGCGACAUGGAGACAGCACGGGCCACAGCCAGCAUCCUCCACAACCUGUCCCACCAGAGAGAGGGACUGCUCUCCAUUUUCAAGUCUGGAGGCAUCCCUGCUCUGGUCCGCAUGCUCAGCUCUCCUAUGGAGUCUGUUCUCUUCUAUGCCAUCACCACGCUCCACAACCUGCUGCUGCACCAGGAAGGAGCUAAGAUGGCCGUCCGUCUGGCCGACGGCCUGCAGAAGAUGGUUCCCCUGCUGAAGAAGACCAACCCCAAGUUCCUGGCCAUCACCACAGACUGUCUGCAGCUGCUGUCCUAUGGCAACCAGGAGAGCAAGCUGAUCAUCCUCUCCAACGGGGGUCCUGAGGGCCUAGUUCACAUCAUGAGAAACUAUAACUACGAGAAGCUGCUGUGGACCACAAGCCGUGUGCUCAAAGUCCUCUCUGUGUGCCCCAGCAACAAACCCGCCAUUGUAGAGGCUGGUGGGAUGCAGGCUCUGGGUAAACACCUGACGGGCUCCAGCCAGCGUCUGAUGCAGAACUGUCUGUGGACGCUCAGGAACCUGUCUGAUGCUGCCACCAAGCAGGAGGGGAUGGACAGCCUUCUGCAGGUGCUGGUUGGUCUGCUUAGCUCAGACGACCUCAACAUGCUCACUUGCUCCACCGGCAUCUUGUCGAACCUCACGUGCAACAAUGCCCACAACAAAACUCUGGUCACCCAGGGCAACGGCGUGGAGGCGCUGAUCCAUGCCAUAUUGCGUGCCGGCGAGAAGGAGGAUGUCACCGAGCCUGCCGUUUGCGCUCUGCGCCACCUGACAUCACGCCACCAACAGGCUGAGGUGGCUCAGAAUGCUGUGAGGAAACACUACGGCAUCCCCGCCAUCGUCAAGCUGCUCAACCAACCCUACUACUGGCCCGUCAUCAAGGCUGUGGUCGGCCUGAUCCGCAACCUGGCCCUGUGCCCAGAGAACCAGGCCCCUCUGAGGGACGCCGGAGCCAUCCCCCGUCUGGUCAACCUGCUGCUCAAAGCUCACCAGGACGCCCAGAAACACGGUUCAUCCAGCCAGCAGACAUACCAGGAUGGAGUGAGGAUGGAGGAGAUUGUGGAGGGCUCCACAGGAGCUCUGCACAUCCUCGCAAGAGAUCCCGUCAACAGAGCAGAGAUCGCCAACCUGCAGACAAUUCCUCUGUUUGUUCAGCUCCUCUACUCUCCAGUGGACAACGUGAAGCGCGUGGCGGCGGGCGUCCUGUGCGAGCUGGCCCUGGACAAGCAGUCAGCCGAGAUCAUCGACAGCGAGGGAGCGUCGGCGCCGCUGAUGGACCUGCUUCACUCCAACAACGAGGGCAUCGCUACUUACGCUGCAGCUGUCCUCUUCCGCAUCUCCGAGGAUAAGAACUCAGACUACAAGAAGCGAGUGUCUGUGGAGCUCACACACUCCCUCUUCAAGCACGACCCCGCUUCCUGGGAGAUGGCCCAUAACAGUGUCCCCAUGGAUGGACCAUAUCCAGAUGAGCUGGAUGCUGGUAUGGUUGGCUACGGCGCAUAUCCUGUUGACAUGCCCAUGGAAGCCAUGGACGGAGUUGUGAUGCACGACGAGUAUGGCGGCGGCAUGGCCUACGACAGACAAGCGUACAAUGAGUAUUAACGACCCAGAGGAGAGAGGAGGGUAGAAAAGACGCAGAGGAGCUGACAUGGGAUGUACAAGGACAAAGAAGAGAAUAUAGUGGUCAGCAGAGAUUAUUCCCUCUGCUCUCAGCCUGAUGUAAUAUAUGCAAUUAUCACUGAGUACGGGACUCAUAAUCUUAAUAGGGCUCAACUUUGUUUUAUAGCAUAAUUUUGCUGAUUAUAACGAUGACGAUGCUUGUAGGUUUCUGUUAGAGAACCUUUUAAGAGUGUGUGUGUGUGUGUAUGUGUGUGUGUGUGCGCGCGCAUGUGAGCGUGUCUGUGAGUGUGUCUGUGUGUGUUUUAUGCUUUCGGGUGGGUAUUCUAUGCCAAAGAGAUUUUAUUUUGUGAUGAUAAUCGUGUAGCUUCCUUCUUUUUUUUCUUUUCUUUUUUUUCUUUUUUAAAGAAAAAGGAAAAAAAAAAGGAGAGUAAUAGUUGAAAACACUGCCAGAGGUGGCUCAACGUGCACGGCGCACCUGCUCACCGCUCUGUUUCUUUCUUAACGCCUUUGUAACAGACACUGCUGUCUACGCUGUAGUUUUGACACUAUAUACUGUCAACUUUCUCCCGCUGUGACCCAACAGUUAAGAGUUAGUUCACGCGGGCUCGAUCUUUCUCGCGGCACUAAUUCAGUAGGAGUGAACAAACGAGGAGAUGUGGAGGUCUUUGACAGACCUCAGAGAGAGAGAGCAGUGUAGGGCUGCCCCCCCCUCUCUUAUGUAAUCAGCUGUAGGUAAACAAGAUGCUUGUUUGUUUUUAGGAAAUGUUUCUCAUCUUUUGUAAAUUAUUCACUGGGAAAGGUUCACAUUAUCUGCAUUAUAUUAACAAAGAUGUCUUUUGUUAUAAACUGAAUUGAAAGUAGAUAUCCUGUGUGACUGUAUAAGAACAACAACGACAUGGAUACUCUUUGCAGAUGUUUUCAACUGAUAGAUUAAUUAGUCAUGACAUGAUGAUUUAGUUAAUGGGGACGGCCCUACAGCUGGAGCAAACUACUGACAGGGAAUUUUGUCUUUCUACUUAAUAAGAGUUUUUACUGAAAUUUUGUUUAAUAAAAAUAAAGGAUAUAUUAAACAUUA